AUGCGAAGCCAGGCCGCCGCCGGGGGCCAGAAGAAGGAGCAAGGGGGUCGUCCGGCAUCUCUCCGGCCCCUGCGCUCCUGUGCGCCCAGCUUGGCCUCCUUGGGCAUGGCCGGCAAGGGGCCAGGACGCCAAAGAGCCCCGGUGUCGCACAAAGUGAUCGAGAAGCGGCGGCGGGAUCGCAUCAACCGCUGCCUGAGCGAGCUGGGCAAGACGGUGCCCAUGGCGCUGGUCAAGCAGAGCUCGGGGAAGCUGGAGAAGGCGGAGAUCCUGGAGAUGACGGUGCAGUACCUCAGAGCCCUGCACGCCGCAGACUGCCCGCGGGGCCCAGACAAAGAGCUGCUGACGGAGUUCGCCCACUACUUCCACUCGGGCUACCACGAGUGCAUGAAGAACCUGGUCCAUUACCUGACCACGGUGGAGCGUCCGGAGAGCAAGGACACCAAGCGGGAGAGACAGCUAGAAGGGCCACGGGCGGAGCUCACUAGCCCCGUUCACUGGGACCUUGGCCUUCGUCUCCGGACUGUAAUGAGCGGGCCGCCCUUCCUCACAUCAAGUUGGCUCGACGCCUUGCGUUUUUGCGCGCGGGUUGGCGACUCCCGCGCGUCUCCAUCCUCGACCAGCGCAUCCCUGGCCAUCCUGGGCGGUCAGGAGUUUUCCAGGGACACACUGGGGAAUGUCCCCCCCCACCCCAAAGCCUCUCCCUGGACAGGACUGAAACCGCCUCUUGACCUCUCGGGACGGGCCCAAAUCGCCCCUCUUCCCGGAGAAGGGCCCAAACUUCCCAACGACGCUUCCUCCGGAGACUUUGGAAAAGCAAAUCCUCUAUCCCAAGGAACUGGCAGCAUCCCCCCACCCCCUCCAAAAACGCGCACAGCUUCACACCACCGGUCCCGUCCCCGGGGGUUCGCCCCUUGAACCCUGCGCCCAGUCGGAGGACCCAAUCGCUCCAGGCCCCGAGGGAUCCCAUCGCUGCAACUUUGUGCUGAGCGUUCAGGGAGGAGAGCCGGACCUGAGUUCCAGCCACCGUGAGCACGAAGGGAAGAAAACGAACUUGUCCGGUUCGGGCAGAGAGGGGCACCGCACACGGGAGUUUGGGACGCGUUUCCCCCGCGCUAAACCCGCCUCGAUAGGCCGCGAAGCAUCCCCGCAACAGCCUUUCCCUGCGAAGAUAAAUUAUUAAUAGAUUCA